UCAUCGGACGUAUAUAAAGCUAGUAGUUCAUAUAGUGAUAGUCACUAUCUCGUGAUACUCGCGUCCUUCAUUAUGAUCUUCAUUGUUUGGAUAGGAACUCUAGCUCUAAUAACGAUCGCCAGGGCGAGCGAUUACCAUGAGUCCCAUACGUAUGAAGAAAAAAUAAAACCUGUCGAAGUUCCAGUUUACAAAAAAUAUGCAAUUCCGAUACCACAUCCAGUGGCGGUAAAAGUUCCCCAAGAAAUAAGAAUACCGAUACCGCAGCCGUAUCAUGUGCCGAUACAAAUUCCACAGCCUUAUCCUGUUGAAGUUGUCAAGCAUGUCGACGUUCCUGUUGAAAAACAUGAACCUUAUGUUGUUGAAAAAAAGGUACCCUUUGUCGUGGAGAAGCCGUAUCCUGUGUACGUGGAUAAAAAGUACCCAAUAACUGUUAACAAGCCGUAUCCAGUGUACGUACCCAUCUACAAGCACGUGUUCCACCACAAGCACUAAAUGAUCCAGUAUUAAUCACAUAUUAUUAUUUAUAUUUAGUCAUUUUUUUUUAAUUAAUUAAUUAAUUAAUUAACUUUACAAUGUACAGUGUUAUGUUUUUCUUCCACAUUGUUGCGAGUUGUUACUAUAAAUAUAUAUUAUUAAAAUAAAUUUUAUCACAUAUCAUAAUGCCAA